GGCUCUUUUAGAUGGAUAUUGUCUCGGUGUCUCAACAUGGCAGAUUGUUACGCUGUUUCUUUCCCCCAAAGUUGUGCGCGUCUCGAGGAAUUGCAUCUCCUGGUUGUUGCUUGACUUCCAUUGCAUCCCCUGUUUGGACUGAAGUGGGUGGAGGACUCAUCAAAACAAACGGACCGAUCAACGACACAUGAUCAAACUAUUAAGUUCACAAAACUCCGAAGCCGUUGACUAGCAACUUCGACGACAACUUCCAUUGUGUAGUGUUCUUUGAGGCUCGGUACAUGCAAUCGACCGAGAAGACUUGAGCAACUGAGAUCAUCUUCCCUUUUCUUUCACCUUUUCUCGAAAGCUUCCAAGUCUCUUCUUAAC